AAUUGCUGACUCGGAAAGAGCUGAGUGGACACACUUCCUGCACUGUCAGAAGAAACUGGCUCAGAUAUAUUCCGAGACUGCCAAACCCAAGACCAGAAACAGUGCGUCCACCCAGUCUUGCGCAAGGCCUAGUACUGAUCGUGAUUCAGACCUGUUCGCUCCGCCUGCUAAUCUCAGCUUUGCUCCUCCCGCCUUCAAUGACACGCCACACGCCUCUGCAGAUCCCAUGGACAUCGACGACGACGACGAGUACUACCCACCUCCUGCAGUUGUGGCCCCGCCGACAUACAACAAUACCGCGACACUGCCGUCUUUGGUACCAUCCGAUAUACUACAAGGCUCUACUGGCGACGAUGCCUACAUGCGUAGGCUACAAUUGACUGGAAUGUCGCAGCAACCGGAUGCUCAGGCACACACAGAGUUCACUCAGCAACCUCAACAGCCUAUUCCUCCGGUGUCUUCUGCUGCUCCGCCUAACUCUGCCCCACCUACGACAGCAGCGAUUCCCUCCAUCGACAUGGCUGCUAAGGUGGCUGAGGCGCAAGCCAGGCUCGCAGCCGUGAAGGCCAAGAUAAAUGCACAGCACGCGCAGACUGAGAUUGGCAAGAGUGCGGAGCCUUCAUCGACGCCACCUCAACAUGCGACUUC